GCAUGAACCUUCUAAUUGUGAAGGCUGUCCAAAUGCACUAUUUUUUUCUCCUGCUAGAGGAAGUUACAUCCCGAGCAGUAGCUCAGCUCUCUGGUAAGUGUAACAUGUGAGCAUUACUAGGCAUUUCAUCCUGCAGUUCUGCAGUCUUUGCUCUUCAGACUGUUGCUCAGUUGGAAUGCUUCUGUGGGGCCGAUCCUGGGCUCCUCGAUUUUUCAAGGAUCUACUCAUUUGGUGGUGUCUGUGGCGUUUUGCAAGAUCAUCUGAGGAACAGGAAAGCAUCUAAAAUUGACUGAAAAGGAUAACUGUAGCGGUUUUCACGGUGGAAGGAAACUAUAUUGGCACAGAGGCAGAUGACUGAAUAAAGUAGUUGGCUCAAAGAAGAUGCACAGUCUGCUGUUUUUUUCUCUGAAUGAAGACUAUUUAAUGGAAGCUGUAUUCAUGUGGAGAUCAAAGAAAACAUUGGAGUGAUAAACUACUGGGGUCCCCCCUCCCCUUUUUUUUAAUGAAAAGCCUGAAGCAGUAAUUUGAGCUCAAAUGCCUUGUAAUUCCUUCGCAGCCUGCCUGUUCCAUUAGGAUUCUCUGCUAACACUGUUUUUGCUGGGUGCCUGUGCCCUUUUACUGGAGCACCACAGACAACUGCCUGAUGGAGGAGGAAUGAACGCUGCGCCUCGCUUGUACUGUCCAUGGGAAUAAAGCUAACUGUGUUUCUUCUCUUACAUGGGAUAUCUGGAUUAAUCAAGCCGUAUUCCAGCACCAAGAGUCCUAUUGUCUCUUGUGGUCUGACUCAUCGCAUGUAAAUGUACUGCAGCUUUGCUAUUAAUGCAGACUGUUGUCUUUUUUCUUUCUCAAACACAGUAAGAAUUGUCAACCUCUGAGCAACAUUUUAAGAAUUUGUGUUGAGCUCUUGGAUAUAUUUUUUUCUGGAUAGUAUCUGCAUCAAACCAUUGAAACUGAAGAAAUGAAGAUAAAUUAGAAGUGGAAACAGAAUAGUGAGAUUUUAUUUUUUAUUUUCGAUUAUAAGCAAGGCAGCUACUGGUAACUAUAUGACCUUGCAGGCAAGAGUGAUCAUCUCUGCCACAGCAGUUGUUUCUCAUCUUACUCUGCAGUGUGUGGCAUUGUUAUCCAAUGAUCAAGUCAAUUUCUGUGAAACAGAAAAUGACUAUUUUGGUAGGGGGAAAUAUUUUUAAAUGAGCUUGUACUGCACUGUUUUAGUUGUUGACAUAUUGAUGUGAAAUUUCUUUUAAGUAUUAUAGCAACCCAACAAAAAAAAAAAUAGAAUUUUGUUGUUUUUAGGAAGUUACAAGUUAUGUAGGUAUAAUUUUAAACUUCACUUUUUCCUAUGGUACUUAUUAACUUUAAAAAACCAGCUUCGCUGUUCAGAGAAUGAUUCAGAGUGUUGUACAGAAGAGGAGGAGGAAAAACUACUUGUGCUCUUCCAACUGUGACUUUUAUCACAUAGCUUAGAAUUCAGUUUUUAAAAGAGCGAAUGAGUCGAGUGUGUAUUGUUGUUUUGGAGGAGGUAGAAGAUGAGCCUCCUGCAUUCAUUUCUAAAUUGCCACAGGAAAAUAAAUCCCUACAUUCUUCACCUUCAGGAAAUGUAUUGCCAUCACUGGUGCAAGCUAUAUUUAAUGGAGAUCCUGAUGAAGUUCGAGCACUAAUAUUUAAGAAAGAAGAUGUUAACUUUCAGGACAAUGAAAAGAGAACUCCACUGCAUGCUGCUGCCUAUCUUGGAGAUGCAGAAAUCAUUGAAUUGCUUAUUUUAUCUGGAGCUAGAGUUAAUGCCAAAGACAGCAAAUGGUUGACACCUUUACACAGAGCAGUUGCAUCUUGUAGUGAGGAAGCAGUUCAGGUACUUUUGAAGCAUUCUGCAGACGUUAAUGCUCGAGACAAAAACUGGCAAACUCCAUUACACAUAGCAGCAGCUAAUAAAGCUGUAAAGUGUGCGGAAGCUUUGGUUCCUCUACUGAGUAAUGUAAACGUGUCCGAUCGAGCGGGGAGAACCGCACUGCACCAUGCAGCUUUCAGUGGGCAUGGGGAGAUGGUCAAGCUGCUCUUGUCUAGAGGUGCCAAUAUUAAUGCUUUUGAUAAGAAAGAUAGACGUGCUAUCCACUGGGCCGCAUAUAUGGGUCACAUUGAAGUAGUGAAAUUACUCGUGGCACAUGGAGCUGAGGUGACAUGCAAAGAUAAGAAGUCUUACACACCUCUCCAUGCAGCAGCCUCCAGCGGGAUGAUCAGCGUAGUCAAAUACCUUCUCGAUCUUGGGGUUGAUAUGAAUGAACCAAAUGCCUAUGGAAAUACACCUCUUCAUGUAGCCUGCUAUAAUGGACAAGAUGUUGUCGUGAAUGAACUUAUAGACUGUGGUGCUAAUGUAAAUCAGAAGAAUGAAAAAGGAUUUACUCCUUUGCACUUUGCUGCUGCAUCCACUCAUGGAGCAUUGUGUUUAGAGCUUCUAGUAAGCAAUGGGGCCGAUGUCAAUAUGAAGAGCAAAGAUGGAAAAACCCCACUGCAUAUGACUGCCCUCCACGGUAGAUUCUCCAGAUCACAAACCAUUAUCCAGAGUGGAGCAGUAAUCGACUGUGAGGAUAAGAAUGGUAACACCCCUUUGCACAUAGCAGCGAGGUACGGCCAUGAGCUGCUAAUCAACACUCUCAUUACAAGUGGUGCUGACACUGCAAAGCGUGGCAUACAUGGAAUGUUCCCCCUCCAUUUGGCAGCCUUAAGUGGUUUCUCAGAUUGCUGUAGGAAACUUCUUUCUUCUGGAUUUGAUAUAGAUACUCCAGAUGAUUUUGGCAGGACCUGUCUACAUGCAGCUGCAGCUGGAGGGAAUCUGGAGUGCCUAAACCUUCUGCUGAAUACUGGUGCAGACUUUAACAAAAAGGACAAAUUUGGGAGAUCUCCACUGCACUAUGCUGCUGCCAAUUGCAAUUACCAGUGCCUGUUUGCUCUUGUGGGCUCAGGAGCAAGUGUGAAUGACCUUGAUGAAAGAGGGUGCACACCCCUGCACUAUGCAGCCACGUCAGACACAGAUGGCAAGUGCCUGGAAUACUUACUAAGAAAUGAUGCAAAUCCAGGGAUCCGGGACAAGCAAGGAUACAAUGCAGUUCAUUAUUCAGCUGCGUAUGGUCACCGUCUGUGUCUUCAGCUGAUUGCAAGUGAAACUCCUUUAGAUGUUUUAAUGGAAACCUCGGGAACAGACAUGCUGAGUGAUUCAGACAAUAGAGCAACAAUAAGCCCUUUACACUUGGCUGCAUACCAUGGUCACCAUCAAGCACUAGAAGUGUUGGUACAGUCUUUGUUAGAUCUUGAUGUGAGAAAUAGCAGUGGAAGAACACCCUUGGACCUUGCAGCAUUUAAAGGCCACGUGGAAUGUGUGGAUGUACUCAUUAAUCAGGGAGCUUCAAUCUUAGUCAAAGAUUAUAUUUUGAAGAGAACACCUAUACAUGCAGCAGCAACAAAUGGGCACUCAGAAUGCUUACGACUACUAAUAGGAAAUGCAGAACCACAGAAUGCAGUAGAUAUUCAAGAUGGAAAUGGACAGACUCCACUGAUGCUGUCUGUGCUCAAUGGGCACACGGACUGUGUCUACUCACUGCUGAACAAGGGAGCAAACGUAGAUGCCAAAGAUAAGUGGGGAAGGACGGCAUUGCACAGAGGGGCAGUCACAGGCCAUGAAGAGUGUGUAGAUGCAUUACUUCAACAUGGUGCUAAGUGCUUAUUUCGAGACAGCAAGGGCCGGACACCAAUACACUUGUCAGCUGCUUGUGGUCACAUCGGUGUUCUCGGAGCCCUUUUACAGUCAGCAGCCUCUGUGGAUGCAAAUCCAGCCCUAGUGGACAAUCAUGGAUAUACAGCACUUCACUGGGCGUGCUACAACGGUCAUGAGACGUGUGUAGAACUCCUUUUAGAACAGGAAGUUUUCCAGAAAAUGGAAGGAAAUGCUUUCAGUCCAUUGCAUUGUGCUGUGAUAAAUGACAACGAAGGUGCUGCUGAGAUGUUAAUUGAUACAUUAGGUGCCAGCAUAGUGAAUGCCACAGAUUCAAAAGGAAGAACGCCUCUCCACGCGGCCGCCUUCACAGACCAUGUGGAGUGUUUGCAGCUGCUGCUCAGCCAUAAUGCUCAUGUCAAUUCCGUGGACUCCUCUGGGAAGACACCUCUCAUGAUGGCUGCAGAAAACGGACAAACAAAUACAGUCGAGAUGCUGGUUAGCAGUGCUAGUGCAGAUCUGACUUUACAAGAUAACAGUAAAAACACCGCCCUCCAUUUGGCUUGCAGCAAGGGUCAUGAAACUAGUGCCUUGUUAAUACUGGAAAAGAUAACAGAUAGAAACCUCAUCAAUGCAACCAAUGCAGCUUUGCAAACACCUCUGCAUGUUGCUGCCCGGAACGGGCUAACAAUGGUGGUUCAAGAACUUUUGGGAAAAGGAGCAAGUGUGCUUGCAGUAGAUGAAAAUGGCUAUACCCCAGCCUUGGCCUGUGCCCCCAACAAGGACGUGGCCGACUGCCUAGCUCUCAUUCUGGCCACCAUGAUGCCUGUCUCAUCGAGUAGCCCUUUAUCAUCCUUGACGUUCAGUGCCAUUAACCGUUAUACCAACACCUCGAAAACAGUCAGCUUCGAAGCGCUGCCCAUCAUGAGGAAUGAACCCAGUUCCUACUGCAGUUUCAACAACAUUGGUGGGGAGCAGGAGUACUUAUACACCGAAGUGGAUGAGCUCAAUGACUCCGACUCCGAGACUUACUGAGAGGCUGAGCCGAGGUCUGGGGGGGGAGGUUCUGACACUGACGCUUCAAACUGUGCUUUUUCAGGAAAAAGGCACGCUCUUACUCACGUGCAAAAGCAACCUAUGAGGAAAGAUUGCAGAGUGAGCGAAUAAACUAACUGUGAUGACAUUAGGAAAAAGAGUUUUAAAGGCAAGUUUUACAAAAGGAACUUCUAGAAUCUUGAAAUAGACUUGACCAGAGGAAAACCUUUGAUGUCAGAUUGCUUUGUGGAAUUAUGUAAUUUGGUUUUGCAAUGCCAGGAGUAAUUUGGGACACUGCACCCUAAUCUGUUUACACAAGCAACACUAUGGUGAAAGAAGAGAUGUGGACACUGUAUUUCAAUUUUACCAGUAAAACUACAACUAAAUUUAAGGGCAAUAAAAGUUUGGUACAGUAGGCAUGACAUGCACAGCAAAUUGCCAAAGGACCAAGUAACUCCAGGGUUUUUAAUAGAAUGCCAUUUUGGAAGCUGGAGCGGGUGAAAUGAGACAUUAUCUAAACUAGGAAAAAAAAACAUCUGAAAGCCUUCUAAUACUGUAUUAAACCGUGAGAGAAAGCUGAUGUAUUUUUACAUUUUUUUCUUUUACAUAAGAAUUUUAAAAUUCCAACUUUUAUAAAAUUAGAAUUGAAAACCAGCUGACUGAAUGCAGUCAGGGUGAAAAUAUUUGUGAUGUAAACAUGAGCUAGAUUGGGUUGGGCUGUUGUUGCCCAGUCUUGAAUGGUUUAGGUUUAAAAUUGAGCUAUUUUUGUUGGAAAAUGUAAAGAAUUUCCUAGAAGAAGAAAAUUUCAUGCAAUCAGAAAGUAGAUGAUUUUCACCCUGUUGCAGCUACGUUGUCCUGGGGAGUGGAGUUUUCAACCUCACUGCUUUGGAUGGUACACUUUCCUCACCUGUGUCGUCACCCUUGUGCCUCCACAAUGGAUUGGGGGAUUUCUGUUGUCACUGCUUCGUGAAGAAUCAAAAAGAAAAAAAAAACUCCCUUGUUAUUCAUAAGUUAACAUCAUCAGGUCUCAUAGAAGGCAUUUCUAUAUUGGGCAAGGUUUAAAAUACUAAAGCCUUUAGGUCUUGUUCACAUUUAAAGUAGCAUGUUUGUAUCAUGCUACAGUUUGAGGAAAGAAAAAAUUGCCUGCCGAAUUGGAAGACUGCCUUUUAGAUAACAAAAAGAGAGGGCGAAAAGGCCGAUGUUUAGGCUUUUAAAUAACAAUUUACAUGGCUCUGCUUUUACUGUAACCGUUACUCUCCCAGUGAAAUGAUUUCACAGAUGUAGGGGGUAUUACAGGUCUGGGUAGAGUUCCAUAAAUUUUCACAAAAUGAUACCCAAUUUCAUUUUAUUCUUUUUGUAUUGUGAAACUGGAAACUUUAUGACAUUGUAAAUUAUCAGCUGGUUUUUUCUGAAUAUAAAGUGUGAAAACACAGAACAGUAUUUUGAUCUAUUUGAUAAUUUUGUGGGUUUUUGAAGAAUUAAUGAGCAUGUAAAUAGAAAUAGUGACUGCUUGAAUACUGUAUUUACUUGCACUCUUUCAGUACAUCAAGAUUCCUGUAUAUUUUAGAGUAUAAUAAAACACAGAUGUGAGUUGUAUUUAAUGAAUAAUGUAUUUGUAUCUGUGCAUAUUACCUAAAAAUCUAUAAAGUUUCUAGAGCAUUGACUACUAGAUUUUAAGCAUUUUUUUCUAAAAUAUUUGCAGAAAUUAUAAAUGUAAUCCUCCAUCUUUUCUUUAUAAUAUAAAGAAGUCAUAUUGGACCCUUCCUAAUUAUUAGUGGUAGGAAGGUGAAUAUGCAUUUUAAAGACAGCAGACUACAUUUUCUAUUGUACCUUUUGAAAAAAAAGAAAACUCAAGAGGAUUCUAAAAGUAUACAUACGUGUGCUUUCUCUUUCCUUUUAGGAAUUCUCUUCUGAAUUCCCUGAGGGAAUUUUCUAGAAUCUCAGAAUUGAAACAGACCUGAGGUUCAUGCAGUCUAACCUCUUAACAAAUGCAGGAGUCCCUUCUCCAAGGGUGACCUUUCCACCUUGAACACUUCCAGUGACUCUACCUCACCAAGCAGUCCAUUCAGUUGUUGAGCAGCUCUUAACUGCUAGAAAGGUCUUCUUUAGAUGGAGUCGAAGCCUCCCUCCUGGGAACUUCUGCCCUUGGGCCCAGGUCUGUCCUCCAAGAGAACUCGAACACUGAGAACUCGGCAGGAUGACUUGUGCCCUCUGCCGCGGUCUCUCUUUUACAGGCUGUUUGACUCACCCGCUGAAGUGAUUUCUGGAAGGACUCAUUAGACACGCUGUUGGAUUUAACGCAUCUGAUGAAACCCAAGGUGUAGCUAUAAAGAAACAAGCUGUAUAAUUUAUCCUCACACAUACCGGAAUUCAGAUGUUGGAUCACUUUAUGUAAAUGAUGCUAUGACUGGAAAUAUUUGUGAGGUGGGUUUUCUGAUUGCUUGCCCACUAUUUCAAUGCUUUGUCAUUGCAUUUUUUUAUAGUCCAUCCCCCAGUUUGAUCAGCCAUUUCCUUUGGUCUGCACAUGAUGAGAAAUCUCAAAGUACUUUCCCUGGUAGUAUUUGCACAGCACUGCACAUGAUGACAAAUCUCAGAGUACUGUCCCCGGUAGUAUUUGCACAGCACUAACAUUGUUGGAGUAAGUACAUGGACUGCUUGAAUGAAGGGACACAGCACCACAGUGAGAUCCUUUAUAGUUACACCUUGUAUAUCAAAGGCAUUCAGGCCCUGUUCUAUAAUGGUUUUUGUACUCACACAGAAGAGGGAAGCCUGUUUGCUUUUUUAACUUCUGCAUGAAAGAUGACAUCUGAACUAUCUGAUGUGUAUUAUAAUAAUACCAGCUUCUGCUCUGGAACUACUUUGAGGGCAAUGGUGGUAAUAUAGCAAAUGACCUCCUUUUAACAAGACACUCAACUCAAACAGUGCCAUUUAGUUCAGGAGAUCUCUAAGUAUACCUGUCAAUUUGGGGUUUAAUUUGGCUUAUAUUGGACCUUUUAAAUGAAAUAAAGUUUUUUAAUGCAAUAAA